AUGGACACGGACUCAGGUUUUACAAGUGGUCAUGAAACUAUGAAUGAGGCGAAAAAGUUAACAUACGAAUGGGCUAGUAAUAGCCAGCAGCAUGUUCACAGAGCCGACAAUACCGGAAGUUUGUUGGGCUCUACUGUCCCUAUAAUCCCCCCAGUAUUAUCGAAUUUCCCGUCUGCUAUGAGCGGUACUACUAUGUCGCCUCAGUUGAGCCCUUUUCCGGAUCACCGUUCGAGACAGCACGCUUUGGCGCAUAUGAUGCCUGCCGAUAAGAAUUUUCUGGCGUAUAAUAUGGAGUCUUUCAAAAGCAGAGUAACCAAAGCCUGUGAUUAUUGUCGGAAGAGAAAGAUUAGGUGUACAGAGAUUGAUCCGACUUACGGUAAGUGUGGAAACUGUAUCAAAUACAAUAAAGAUUGUACCUUCCAUUUUCAUGAAGAACUGAAAAGAAGACGGGAAGAGGCUUUGAAUAAUAAAGAGACUGGGAAGUCGGUUAAGAAGCCCAAGUCGGAUAAGGAAAAUGCAUUGGAAGACGAGGUUUUUGAUGUUACUGCGCCAUCGAGCAAUACUUCUUCUACGGAUAGUCCACCCAAACUACAGAAGUCCACUUCGUCACAAGAAAAUGCGGAGGUUUUUCCCGCCAGAAGAACAAGUGACAGAGAAGAAGAUUUAUUAGAUCUUCUUCCUAUCGAUAAAGAAAUUCUUGAAAAAAUCGAACUCAACCAUACAAAGGUUUCCGGUAAAGUUUUUGUAUUGGAAGAAAUAUGUAAAAAUAUGAAGGAAACGAUAGAAAAACUAGCUGAAGAUACCAAGAUUAACCUUGUUGAUAAAGAGUAUAUCAAGCGUCCUAGAAGAAAGCAGUAUUCUAAGGCUUUAUUAACGAAGCAAAAAAUGUUUCGCUUCCGACAAAACAUUUCGUCACAUUUAUCUGACGAGGAAUUUCUUUCGCCACUGAAUGAUAUGUUUACAACAACUUUCAAAUACUCUAUUUUGCAAACGAAAAUGGCACUGGAUUUCUCUUUCCGAUCCGCUUCAUCUCCAUCCAACGAUAAUAUUUUGUACCCUUUGCCUCGUUUAGCGAUUGCAAAGCGCCUGCUUGAAAACAUAAAAUGUCCAUCCUUGGCUUCUCUCCUUCAUAUAAUCGAUAUAGACCAAUGCCUGGAAAUCGCCGACACGCACUAUGAUUCCACCAAAGGAAGAUUACCUCCAUCACAAGCUUUUCUGCUUAAUAUCUGCUUGUGUCUUGGAGCCACCGUGACUAAUUUCAAAGAGAAGCAAGAGCUAAUCGAUGAAGGCAAUCACGAAAUAUAUUAUUUUGAGAAGUUUGAGCUGUGGAGGUUGAGAUCAUUCACAUUUCUUAAUUCAGUCUACUAUUACCAUAAAUUAUCUGUGGCGCGCGCGGACAUGACGGCAUUGAAAGCAUUGCUUUUGCUAGCGAAGUUUACUCAGCAAAAAAUUAGUGCUUCAUCAGCAGUCAAAGUACUUUCCGUAGCGAUCAAAGUUGCUUUGGAUUUACGACUCAAUUUGCACUCUACUUAUGAGGAUUUAGAGCUCGAUGAGAUUCUUAAAAGAAGACGUUUGUGGUGUUACUGCUUUUCAAUAGACAAAUUCUUUUCUGUAGUGUUAUCAAGGCCACCAUUCCUCAAGGAGGAAAAUACUGAUGUUUUGACAGAUGAAAGUUAUGUCGAACUAUUCAGGGAUAAAAUCUUACCGAACUUCCCUAAAAAUUAUGAUGAUGCACAAUUAGAAAAGUUAGAUGAUGUUAUAUCAGUCGUAAACCUGCUGGCGAAUCGCCUUGAGUAUACGCCAUACAUUCAGUCAUAUUUUUUGUCAAGGUUAUCUCUUAUAGAGUCCCAUAUAUAUUACGCAUGUUUUUCCAUCAGAACUACCCUUGAUGAUACACUCGAUGAAAUUAUUGAUAACGUGUUGGAGAACUGGAGAUCAUUAGACAGGAUGCGAGAUGAUUUGCCCAUCAUGCUGUCACUAGAAAAUUAUAAGCAGAAUAUGAAAAUUUUAUCUCUGAAAUCCCCAGAGUUGGACUUUGAGAUAAAUUGUUGCACUACUAUACUUCUACAUCUCAGAUGGUAUCACCAAAAGAUAACGCUUAGUCUGUUUGUAAUAUCCAUCAUUAGGGACAAUUUGGAUCAGCGUGAAAGUUCUCGGCAUGAUAUAGCCGAAAUUAUUAGGACAUCAAAAUUAAAUUUCAAACAAAGCUGUAUAGAAGUUCUGAACAUUUUGAAGGAUUUCGAAUAUUAUCCCACUGUCCAAAACGAAUUUCUGUAUUUUUCUCUCACGACGAUUUUUUCGAUGUUCCUGUACCUGUCAGAGAGUAUGGCAAAUGAUGAAAAUGCUCUGGAAACUGGUUAUAUAAUUGAGCUAUUAAGGGAUACGCAUGCCCGCAUGCUUGGACCUGAAGAACAUUAUCUUUCCAUACACAAUCUGAAAUGGCAAACAUCUCUUUUCUUUUACACCUUUUUUCUACGAAGUACAAUGGAAAAGUUUAACCUUACAAGCGAAUAUGCAGAAUUUUAUGCAUUUGACUCAAAUUAUUAUGAGGCUAUCCUUGACAAAUUGGUCAAGCAUGCAAGAAACUCAAAAGAUGAUAUGGUAGAGCUUUUAAAAACUUCAUUCAUAAAUAAAGAGAAGAUGGCUGCAUUCGGGAGUUUUGUUACAGAAGAUCAAGAAAAAAGGAAAGUGUCCUUCAAUCUUUUCAAUCAAAUAACCGUUCAAGAUUUGAACUUUCUGCAACUUUCAGGCAUCCCAAAAUUAUGGGGAGAUAGUACUCUGGGUCCUAGCAAAGAUUCAAAUGAUAGUAAUCAGAAGAACGCUAACAACAACAAGAACAACAAGAACAACAAGAACAAUGAUGAUGAUAGUAGUAAUGACAAUAAUAAUAAAAAAAAUAAUGAUGACAAUGAUGACGACGCUGAUGACGAUAAUAAUGACAAUAAUGAUGAUGAUAAUGAUAAUGAUAAUAAUGAUAGUAAUUAUAACGAUAAUAGUAAUAACUAUAAGAAUAAAAAUAAUGAUGAUGGUGAUAAUGAUGAUGAUAAUUAUGAUAGGUCUUUAUUCCCAACAGGUUUCACCUCACCUCUUGAUGGUGCAUGUUGUGAGCAAGCAAUGAAUGAAGAGGAUGAAGAUGAGAAGUCAAACAAAUUAUUCGAAAAGAUCGAGGAGCAUUUAGAGCACGGUGUAUUUUUUUAUGAUCGGGACUUUUUUUUCAAGAAUGUAUGUGCAAAAAUGUGA